AUGACUUUGCUUAGCAAACAGAAGUCAAAGGGGUUUAGUUUUACCAUCGACAGACUUAUAAACUCCGAUAACGACCCUAAAAAAUGCAAAGAAUACGACGAGGAGAAGUCCACCUUGUCCAUUGCCACCGCAGCGGUACAAUUUUCCCCUAGUGCUCUGAUACGAACUGCCGUGGCACCCAUGUUACCAGAGGAUGAAAACCUCCGAGUGGAUGAAGAAUUGUCAGAAUGUAGUGAUACAAGUGUACGACUCUCUGGCGCAAGGCAUUCGGGGCGUUCCACGCCUGUGUCCGACCUCUCGGACUUGGCUUCUGCAUCUCCACAAGCUGAUUCAAGUCUGGAGAAUUUGGACGCCCCAAUUCUGCAGCGAAAGAAGAAAGCUAGGACAGCUUUUACGCAGAAACAGAUUGAUGACUUGGAGAAAAGGUACGAGACACAGCGGUACCUAACAGCGACAGAACGUGGUGAUUUGGCUGAAGACCUAGGUUUAACUGAUCAACAGGUAAAAACCUGGUUUCAAAACAGAAGGAUGAAAGAAAAGCGACAGAGACACGAGAAACACGACGGGCCAGCCUUCCCCACAGGUGGAGUAGACGUAGCACAGUUACACGCCCUUGGAAUUCCUUGUCCCCUGCCACCAGCUGUCGCUCCGUGUUUACCUUCCGGUAACACACUGCCUACGUCACCAUAUCUCCCGUCACCGAUUGGUCCAUCUUUUCCUCAUAGGGUCCCUGGCUACCCACCUAUAACUGCGCCUCAUCCUGGCUUUGCUGCUAUGCCCUUUUUCCACCCAUUCGGAUAUCAUUACGCCCCAGGAUUACCUACUCCUUCAUUUCAGUCGGCAAGGAUGUGA